AUGACCUCUCAAAGAGCUAAAGUGGUACUAUCACUGAAUGCUGAAGCAGUCGACUCACUCAAAGAGGGAAUCAAUUUCAAGAAAAACCCGGAGGAUGGUAAAUGCUACAUCAUAUACAAGAGCAACAACAACCUUAAAGCAUGCAAGAACCAAUGCAAGCACCAAGGAGGGUUGUUAAUCAAAGACAUCGAAGACCUAGAUGGCAGGACUGUUAAAUGCACUAAACAUAACUGGAAGCUCAAUGUGUCAACAAUGAAAUAUGUGAAUCCACCCGACAGCUUCUUGCAGGAUGAGCUCGAGGUAGAGACUUUCGAUAAUGGGGGGCUUCGGCUGGUUGAGUUGAGUCCCAUGGACCCCUGGUUGGCUGACCCUCGAGAGCCUCUGGAGCUCCAGGACGGAGAAGUGAAAGUGACGUACUUGAGCCACGCCUGCAUGGAACUGCAGCUGGGGCAGAGGCGGUUCAUGUUUGACCCUUGGUUGAAGGGUCCUGCAUAUGCCAGAGGCUGGUGGCUUUUGCACGAGCCUCCGGCAGACUCUCUGGACAAACUGUGUGCGGCAGAUUUCAUCUACAUCAGCCAUAUGCACUCUGACCACCUCAGUUACCCUACACUGAAGGUCUUGUCAAAGAGGAGGCCUGAUGCCCCCAUUUAUGUUGGUGACACAUCAAGACCCGUCUUUUGGUAUUUGGAGCAAAGCAAAAUCAAGCUGACCAACAUCAAUGUUGUCCCUUUUGGUGUUUGGCAAAAUGUUGAUGAAGACCUGAGAUUCAUGAUCAUGAUGGAUGGUGUGCAUCCGGAAAUGGACACCUGCAUCAUUAUUGAAUACAAAGGUCACAUGAUCCUGAACACUGUGGACUGCACCCGGCCAAACAAUGGACGGCUUCCACAGAAUGUGGACUUAAUGAUGAGUGACUUUGCGGGAGGUGCGUCUGGGUUCCCCAUGACCUUCUGUGGAGGAAAAUACACUGAUUCCUGGAAGGCAGAGUUUAUCAAGAAUGAAAGGAAGAAGUUGCUGAACUACAAAGCUCAGCUGGUGAAGUCCCUGCAGCCGGCAAUUUACUGCCCGUUCGCGGGCUAUUUUGUGGAGGCUCAUCCAUCAGACAGAUACAUAAAGGAUACAAAUGUGAAGAACAGUGCAGAGAACCUCAAUGCGCUCAUCAAUAAGCUUGCACCAGAAAUCAAGACAUGGACACCCAAGCCAGGCGCUGUGCUGGACCUUGGCCUCGCUCUGAGAGACCCCACAAACAGUGAGGCCAUCGUCAAUCCCCCAGCCAGUGCGAAAAUCUUCAAGGACAGUUGGGAUUUCGACUUGUAUGUGGAUGAACUAAACAGCGCCAUCAGCUGUGAGAUAUUUAAACGUCAAAGCUGGAUCCAGUUUUAUUACACCUGGGCAGGCUUUCAAAACUACAACCUUGUUGUGCGGGUGAUCGAGACAGAUGACAAAUUUGAACCUCUGACUGAUGGCUAUGACUACUUGGUGGACUUUUUGGAUCUGUCAUUCCCCACCAAGAGACCUGACAGAGAGCACUCCUACAUAGAGCUUAAAAACAGGAUUGGGGUGAUGAGACAUGUGGUGCUGCAUGGCCUUCUCUGGGAUGAUCUGUACAUCGGCUUCCAGAACCGCAUAAGCCGAAACCCAGAUAUCUACCACCACAACUAA